AUGAGCCACGGAAUGCGACACUCACGGGGCACCGUGGGUGCUUCCAGCUCACGGGGUCUUGAGAGCUGCAAGGGCGCAAAAGACUCACAGGACAUCCAGAACGAUGGGAACUCACAGGAGUCUCCAUCGGCUUCAACACCAUUGCUUUCACGCAGCCAAAGAGGGCGGCAUCACCGGACUUUUAGUGGUCUCCGUUUAGACACGUCACUGAUUGUACGGACGAAUAAUGGGUCGUCAACGUCUAUGCGGGUAAAAUUACCUCUAUUGGGCGGCUUCUACUUCUCGGACAUUGUUGUGAUUGUGUGGUCUUUGGCUUGCAACAUGAUCAAGUCAUGUACUCUUGCUGAGCUUCUGGAUUUGUUCUACUUUGUGGCUAUGUAUCAUGUAACAUCACUAGCAUCAGACAUGCGUCUACGAGUGCGAGAGUAUGGGUUGAGUGUGUUUCAAGCGUAUAUGCUAUCUGUCAUGCGCAUGAUCAUGCACACUGUUCCCUACAUUCCUUCACGUGUGCUUUUGUCGCAAGAGACAAUUGCACCUUUCUUACGCUGGCGCACAGGCAGUGCGGCCUCCCGAAUGAUUCGUGCGUAUGGCGAUGUCAAGAGUCAAGGCUUUCAGGCUUAUUGGAUCCAUGGGGAUAGUCGAUCGCCACCACCUACACCGAUGCGUGAGCGGAUUGUUGUACUAUUUGUACAUGGUGGUGGCUUUGCACUUGGCUCCGUUGCGCUUUAUGCAGAACCGCUUUUACGGAUCAUGUCGCACACUGCGACUUUUAACAAACAAGCCACUGUGCAAUGUGUUGCGCUCGAGUAUGGUCUUGUGCCGAAUACUCGCUUUCCAUCCCCGCUUAUCGAGGCGCUGCGGUGCUAUGCGCAUCUGAUUGAGCACGAGCGCAUUCCAUCGUCCAACAUUGUCUUGGCCGGCGAUAGCGCUGGCGGGAACCUUGUAAUGAGCAUGUUGUUAUGCCUCGAUGGUCAGGGCAUGUCACGAGUUGGCGGUCGGAAUUGGUCAGCAUUGCCACUACCGGCGAGAGCUGUACUCAUAAGUCCAUGGGUGGACCUGCGGCCUUCGUGUACGCAGACGAUGAAGUCGACGUCUGUGCUUGAUAUUUUGUCGCCUGCAUGCCUCACACAAUUUGCACAGAUGUACACACGGAUCCUACCGCGUCCAAGGCGCGUGGCUGGCCCAGGUAGCAAAUGUUUGCAGCGGCUGUCGCGUUCACCUAGUUUCAUGGCAGCGUGGAUCCGCACAUGGCUUGCACAGCCACCGAUACUUGGUACUCGCGCUGUCAAUGCAGUAGACGCGCGGAAUGAUCCUGUGUCUGAUUCCCAUCAGCUGUAUGACACAAGAAACACCAAUCACGCAAUCUCUCACAUGGCCGUGUCGCCAACUAUGGGUCAAUGGCAGCAAAUUUCGCUGCGGUGUGGAUUGUUUGUCUUAUGGGGAGCGAAUGAAAUCAUGGCAGAAGAUAUCGCCGCUUGGACACGUCGGCUUCCGCGUGUUGACAGCUAUGUUGAGAAGGGCGGCUCAGGUGUGCAUGUAUGGCCAUUCAUCAACGCACUGCUUGGCCCUACGAUUGUGGAGCGUGAAAAGGGGCUGAGUCAGAUUGCCCGCGCGAUACUGAAUAUUCCAUUGACACCGUCAGCGACGGAGCCGGUUUCGCCUCCUUCCUCUAUGCCAUCGGAUUCUGACGAGUCUGAUAAUGACCAAGCACAACGAGCAUGGGAGGCUGAAUUGAAGCGGAUGUUUGAACAACCUGUGCGUUGA